CAAACCUCCCUCUUUACAGCAAUCCAGUGGAGAAAAGUCUAGGGCUUACAAUAACCAGCCUAUAUAUAGCUAUAUAACUCUCUCUCUCUCUCUCUCGCUCUCUUUAUAUAUAUAUUUAAUUCCUGCUCCCUCUCUCCAGAUCUUUGCUGAAUUAUUUCACGAUAUAGAUAGAUGCUAUAUUUUUCUGGCUUGCAUUGGCAGCAAAGAGACCUAUAGUAUUUGCAUAGGGGUUUUUUUCUUCUUCCUUUUUUUUUUUAAAUUUGAUUGCACACAGAGUUUGUGGGUUGUUUUUUUCUUUUUGGCUGUGUGCUCUGUAAAAGUUUACUUUAAAAGUUUUCAGAGAGGGGAAUCUUAUUUUGCUGCUGGUGGUGGGGGGAAGAGAACCAGACACCUCCCUACCCCACCCCCCAAAUUCUGAUCUCCUCCCCCUUCCCUGCUCUGAGCUCACCUUCUAUGAAGCGCUACAGUGGGUGACUUUUUAUUUGCCUUUUUGUGCCUGUGUGCGGUGCAUUUCAGAGGAUUUGGGUUGUUCCCCCCCUCUCCCUCCCUCCUCCUUCUCCUUCCAAAUAUGCUUUUCGAAAGUUUUGAUCUGGUUUCUGCGCUGGCUACCCUUGCUGCAUGCCUGGUAUCAUUGACUCUGCUCUUGGCAGUGUCCCAACAGCUGUGGCAGCUGCGCUGGGCAGCCACUCGGGACAAAAGCUGCAAGUUACCGAUCCCUAAAGGGUCUAUGGGAUUCCCCUUAAUCGGAGAAACGUUCCACUGGCUGCUACAGGGCUCCGGCUUCCAGUCCUCCAGGAGGGAGAAAUAUGGCAACGUCUUUAAGACUCACUUGCUGGGACGCCCCUUGAUCCGGGUGACCGGCGCCGAGAACGUGCGGAAGAUCCUGAUGGGAGAGCACCACCUGGUGAGCACGGAGUGGCCCCGGAGCACCAGGAUGCUCCUAGGACCCAACACGGUGGCCAACUCCAUCGGGGACAUCCACAGGCACAAGAGAAAGGUAUUCUCCAAAAUCUUCAGCCACGAAGCCCUGGAGAGUUACCUCCCGAAGAUCCAGCUGGUGAUCCAGGACACGCUCCGGAUGUGGAGCAGCACCCCGGAGCCUAUCAACGUCUAUUACGAGGCGCAGAAGCUCACCUUCCGCAUGGCCAUCCGGGUCCUGCUGGGCUUCUGCAUCUCUGAUGAGGAGCUCACCCGUCUCUUCGAGGUCUACCAGCAGUUUGUGGAAAAUGUCUUCUCGCUGCCCGUGGAUCUGCCCUUCAGUGGCUACAGGAGGGGGAUCCGAGCUCGGGAGACUUUGCAGAAGGGGCUGGAGAAAGCCAUUCGGGAGAAGCUGCAGAACACGCAGGGCAAGGACUAUUCCGAUGCCCUAGACAUCCUGAUAGAAAGCGGCAAGGAGCAUGGCAAAGAGCUGACCAUGCAGGAGCUGAAGGAUGGCACCUUGGAGCUGAUCUUUGCUGCCUAUGCCACCACGGCCAGCGCCAGCACCUCUCUGAUCAUGCAGCUCCUGAAGCACCCCGGGGUCCUGGAGAAGCUUCGCGAAGAGCUCCGCAGCAAGGGCAUCCUGCACAACGGCUGCAUCUGCGAGGGCUCCCUCCGGUUGGACACCAUCAGCAGUCUCCACUACCUGGACUGCGUGAUCAAGGAGGUGCUACGUCUCUUCACCCCCAUCUCCGGCGGGUACAGGACGGUGCUGCAGACCUUCGAGCUGGACGGCUUUCAGAUCCCCAAAGGCUGGAGCGUCAUGUACAGCAUCCGGGACACACACGACACCGCCCCGGUGUUCAAGGACGUGGAUGUCUUUGAUCCUGACCGCUUUGGGCAAGACCGUACCGAAGACAAAGACGGCAGGUUCCACUACCUCCCCUUUGGCGGGGGCGUACGGACCUGUCUCGGCAAGCACCUGGCCAAGCUUUUCCUCAAGGCGCUAGCCAUUGAGCUGGCCAGCACGAGCCGGUUCGAGCUAGCCACCAGGACUUUCCCUAGAAUCACGCUGGUCCCUGUGGUCCACCCCGUCGAUGGACUCAAGGUCAAAUUCUUCGGACUGGAUUCCAAUCAGAACGAGAUCCUGACGGAGACAGAAGCCAUGCUGGGGGCGACAGUCAUGUGGGGAAAAGAACUCUGUGUUCAGAUGACUGCGGCCCCUGCUCACAAAUGCUGGGAAGUGCAUUCUGGGUAACGGCACGGAAACUGAACCCGGCACCAGUUUGGCUUCUGGCAUGGCUACUGGUGUUGCUGCAAGGACCACUGGGCCACUAAAGGGUCAGCUGGACAGGGUGUUCUAUUCUGCCUAUGCUUUGUGAACAAACAAGCCAUUUGAUCUGUACUGUGGGACAAAGUAAUGGCCAAGUUCUGCCCUCUGCUGGGAAUCUCUCACCUGCUUCAGCGUGAGCUGAUCUCAGUUCAGAGAGUAGAACUGGGGUCUCCGACGUGUACGUUUUUGAAGUUGCCUGCUGCUGCUACCUGGCAUGUGUGUAACUGUCCAUUCCCCCCUACCCCCACCCUGUCUGAUCCCUCCCAAACCCCAAGUUUUGCAGUGAGCUGUGUUGGUUUUGCCUUCUCUCCGGAUCUCUCAGGCCCCUCGGUGUGUGCACUGAACUCUGAACCACAUGUACUUCAUAAACUGUACUGGGGUGCUGCUAAGUAACGUGGCUCAGAGCAUGCAGUUGUUUUGUUCAUGGAACCGCUGCAGAACUAAGCCUCCAAAAAUUAACUGGUCGUCACACCCAAAGCUGCCACUGUCCCCUGACCACUGAGGUGCUUGCAUUAAGGAGUAUUGGAGAUGAGUGGAAGGCUCCCUCUGAGCUAACCCUUCCCUCUGUGACAUCCAGCUGAAGUGAGAAGCUGUCCUGGGAGUGUUUGUCAGGGCAUGUGAGCUGCCAUCAAUGCAACGGCUUUUUAGAGACACUGGGAACUUCGUAUACUGCCCAGUCCCAUUCGAAAUGGGGGUGUUCCUUUCUGAAAGAAAGCAAGGCCUGUAUUGUAGUAUUUGGAUUCUCAGCAUUCAGACAUGUUUGGAUCUGGCGUUUUGGUUCAGGGCCAUCUCGAAAUUUAAAAAGUUACCAGUCUGAUUUUUUUUUUCCAGAGGUGCUGAGCAUGCCCAAUUCCUGCUUCAGCUGGCAUGGUGGGCACUCACCACUUCUGCCCUGAGUCAGGAGCAACAUCUCUUUUUGCUUUACUAGUGGCAGGGCACAGGUUUGGCAGCUGACACCAGGCAAACCACAUGUACCGCUUCUACUUUGUAGCGGCCAUGGUCAAUGACUGGCAGUCUCAGGGAAGAGAAAUCUCUCUCGCAAUUGUCCAAGACAGGCGUGCUGUUCAUCUGAGCUGCAAGCACUGACUUUAUACAGACCUUUCAGUGUGCUCACCCUCUCUCUCGGAUAUAUUUGCUGUAACAGGGGCACCUCAUACAGUUCAUCGGGCAGAGAAGGAGAAACACAAGAGCCAGAGCUGAGAACUCCCUCGACCUGAGUGCCAAUGAAACUGUGGUGGGUGGGCGGCUCGUUUUUUGGCAGGAUAAGUCAGAGGAGCUGAAAUCUGAAGGAAGGAGGGGUGGGAGCUUCCCACCAGGCCUGUGCAGGGUUUGCAGGUGUGGCUUUUGAAAACUGGGAUGAGUCAGUGGAAGGCUCUAAGGCAGUGCUGAGUGAAAGAUGCUGAAGGCUGCUCUAGCCAGCUGUUCAUCCGUCCAGGAUCAAUAAAGACUUUGGCAGUUCCCUGGAAGGGGAGACACUAAAGAUUUAAUCAUCACUUUAAACUAUGCUGCCAAAAAUCAUAUAGAAGCGCAUAGACUGACAAACACACACACAUAUGAGCUCUGCUUCCAUGAGUGCAUGUGACUUGGGAGACUCAGCGUUAAUGUGGUCGUUUCUGAGGCUUGCUGCUCUAUAAUUUCUCUGUGGCCAUUUCAUAGCAGGUUUUUAUUUGAACAGGGAUUGGCCUGAACCGAGACGCUGUAGCCUCUGAACUCUGAAGUUCAGAUCCAGACUCUGAUCUGGCAGCUAGCCCGUAAUCUUUAUGGCUGUUUGAACCAAAACACAGACCUAAAUCCUCCACACCUAUGUGUGGCUCAGGCUUAUGUCCCACACUCAGAAACUUUGCAAUCCAAGUUUGGGUCUUCACACUCUCCGGGUCUAACUUUCGAUGGAAACUUCACAAGAUCAGGCUUUCUUGUGAACUUUCUGCCAUUUCCUGUCCCGGCUAGAAAUGUGUCAGUCUGUGGGUCUCCACAUAUUUCCUGGUGAUCCACUGAAAAAUUUUGAGAAUCAUGGAGAAGAGGGCGUUGAGAGUGGAGAUGGUCCAUAGGAUAAAAAAGCUAGAGAACCACUCUUUUUUUAUAUGUCAUACCCAGUUUUCAGGCCUUGAUAAAUUCUGUUUUCAAGAUGUCUGUAAAAGCCACUUGCAACCCCACGAUCUUUUUGAAAACAUUAUUUGGUGGGAACACAGAGGACAAGGGAAGGAGAAGUGAGAGGCCACAGGUAACGAGAAGAGCAGGGUAGGGAGGGAUAAAAGGCCCCACAGAAGUCCAUUAAAGUUUUUCCAUUGACUUCAGAUCAAACCCCGUCAAAUAAUCAUUAGCAAAGUGUUUUCUGAGAUACUUUUAGAAGGGCAUUGGAGUCUCAGGAGAUCAGUGAAAGGUUUUCAUUUUUUAAAAUUUCAUUACAAAAUAAAAACCAAACACGCUUUUGAAUGAAUAAAUGACCGGAGAGAGAUAAUGUAAGAUGCAUACAUCUAUCUAUUAUAUGUGUGUGUGUGUGUGUGUGUAUUUUAUCUAGACAUAAAUAGAUCAUGCUUUUGAUUUACCAUUCCUAACUAAUAUAACUUGACUAAAAAAAAAGUUGCUGCAGUGGGUUUGCAGAAUAAAGCACUUUGAAUCUCAGAAUUUUUUUUUCCUAGCACAGUCCAAUUCGCUAUAAUAUUAUUUUAUACACAAAUUUUUUUGGUCUGUCUUUAUAAACUAUUAUAAGUACUAUUUUUGUUAUAAUUCAAAAUAGAUAUUUAGUAUAAAAGUUUUGCUGUUAAAUAUUUGUUAUUUAGUAAGAUAUGAAUUUUUUCUCUUUAUUGUAAACUUUGUCUGGAAAAAAUAUUAAUAUGUUUUUAUUGCAGUUGUUUUUAAUCUUAAGAAAAAGCACUUGUGGGGAUUUUUUGGUUAUGAAUUUGGUGCCGUGUGAACAUGUGUUUCAGUCAUGUGGUUUUUAAUGUGUAUAUAAUAUUAUGUGUCACAUAUUAAAAUGGAUGUUGUGUAUUUUGUGAUCUUAAAAAAUAAUCAAUGUGGCUAUUUUAUAGACUUCCAUAAUAAAAGAGUUGAAUCUCCA